GUACUUGAAUACACCCGUUUGCCAUUUUGGCCACACUUUCCUGAUCAUUUUCUCAUUUGAACUCCCAAUCAUGACGUUAUUUCAUUUUGGAAAUUGUGCAGCAUUAGCUUUUGUGCCAUAUUUCAUUGUGUAUCGCCUUUCAGGCCUAGCAGAGUACAGCGCUUUCUGGAAAUGUGCCCAAGCAGGAACCGCCUACUUAUUCACACAGUUAGUGAAGAUGUUGAUACUGGCCACAUUCUUCCCCUCGUUUGAUGUUCCUGCUGGCAGUCUGGAUGUGAUCGGGGAAUUCUUAAAAACAACAGUAGAUGUCAUAGAUCUAGUCGGAAUUCAUCUGAUCAUGUCCAAAAUAGCAGGGAAAGGCCAACUGAAGUUUAUGGUUGCUGGACUGGGAUGGGCCACUGCCGAGUUAGUCAUGACAAAAUUGUUUCCAUUGUGGGUUGGAGCACGUGGUGUCGAGUUCGAUUGGAAAUACGUCCAGUUAAGUUUCGAGGCCAACAUCCAGCUCGUCCAACAUAUAGCCACUGCUGUAUUAGUGUGGCUGUACAGCCGGCAUGACUUGAAUAGAUCAAGGCUCCCCGUUGUGAUGUCAUUGAUGGGGCUGAGUUGCUACAAGCCACUCAUUGUAGAGAUUCUCAUCCACGCUAUGGGACUCGGCUCCUGGACGCUUCUCCUCCUGAAAGCGAUGUUCACUGUGGUCGUCGGAACCUCCUCUCUCGUCAUGUAUCUCGAGUUAUCACAGACGGUUAACUCUUACUACUGAAUUCGCCAGGGAACAUGAACUCUUACACACCCCCGCUCAACGGAAUGGACUGUUCUAAACCAUUGGUGAAUCUAAAGAAGAAUCUACAUAAAGAAACGGGGGAGGGGGGAGGGUUCUGAAAGCAAGUCUGGCGGUCCACUGGGAUGAAUACAUCACUGUGUGUCCAGGAAGUUGCAUUGGGGAAUGUCAAUUGUCAUGGCGACAGUCUGAUCUUUGAUAGGGGCUCAUCUGAUCUUUAUCUCCUCACCUCUUGUUAAGAGUGAUAUGGGGAAAUUGAGAAUGAUGUGAAUGUCCUGAAAGAAGUGAAUUUGAAAUACGGAUCAUGUGGUUCUGAAUGAUGUUGUGAAGUUGAAGGAGAUGGGGACUUUACUCUUCUGGUACACUGUAAACUCAGUCGGGAGUCCUUGGAAUAUGUCAUUACAGGUGUAUUGUACUCUCAAUGAGAAGUAUUUCUUGUCUCCUAACUGGUUUUAUAGUAGGCCUAUUUGGGGUGGACAUCUUUGGUGAGUCAUUUGACUAUAAAGAAUAGUCAAUCUUUGUGAAAUAGCAUUUUUUGUUUUUGAAAUGACAUAAUUGGUUACAAAA